AUGAUAGACCAUCCCCACUACCAAAGUUUUGUGCAAGCUGCUAAGCUCGAAAUUGAUACCCUACGCAAGAAGAACGCCUUUGUUGAAGUUAACAAGCCAACUGACCAAUCUAUGCAGAUUCUGCCAUUAAAAUGGGUCUUUAACUAUAAAUUCAACAGUGAUAGGCUUCUGACUAAGCAUAAGGCCCGAAUCUGCGUGAGAGGGGACCUCGAGAGGGUCUCAAUCGAUGAGAAGUACUCGGCAACCUUAGCCGUGCGCACCGCAAGAUUCGUAUUCGCCCUUGCGGCGCAUUUCGACCUCGAUACGACUCAAUGGGAUGCAGUCAACGCAUUCUUGAACAGCCUAUUACCUAACGAAGUGUAUGUAGAACUACCUCCUGGCAUGUUCCCGCAGAACCGCAAGAAGAGGUGCUGGAAGCUAGUUAAAGCCCUCUAUGGUCUGCGCAAAUCGCCAAGGCUCUGGCAACAGGAAGCCUCGAGGGUCCUUACUGCCCUAGGUUUCCAGGUAGUAUAUGAGGAUCUCUGCCUAUUCGUGAGAGAGGGUCUUAUUAUAAUCUUCUAUGUUGACGAUUUGAUCCUCUUCAACCACCCUUCGCAACGGGCUGAGGCGGCGGACGUCUCGAAAAGGCUGAACGAGGCGUGGGAACUCAGAGCGAUGGGCGAAGCACAGUGGUUCCUAGUAAUUGCGUAUAAAUACCAUCUUACCGGAGGCAGAAAGCUUGAAGUCCCUCCGGUAGAAAUCGCCAAUCUCAAACCCUUUGAUAGAACCGCCACCGAUAAGCACCGAUUGGAGUACUCCUCCAAGGUAGGAUCUGCCCAAUACGCCACUACCAUCACCAGGGUAGACGUCGCCAAGGUAACCUCCCAUCUGGCUCAAUUUCUAUCCAAUCCUUCACCAGAUCACCUACAUGCGAUCGCCCAGCUGAUCUCCUUCAUGUACCAGACGAGGUCUCGCGCUAUCUACUUUCGCCGAAAUACUAGUGGUUUGCCUAGUGUUCAGUUCUGCAGUGAUGCCUCGUUCGGUGAUAAUCACGAUCGAAAGAGCUCUGGGGGAUACCUCUACAAGAUCUUUGGUGGACCGGUGGACUGGAAAGCAGCUAAGCAGAGGACGGUUACUACCAGUACUACCGAAGCUAAACUACUGGCGAUUUCUGAAGCUGGCAAGUCCAUGCGCAUGUGGGAGCGAAUCUUCCACAGGGUUAUGUUUAACCCUGGUCACCCUGUCUCUAUCCAAUGUGAUAAUAAGCAGACUAUCUCCUUAUUAACUAAGGAAGCGCCUCAUCUGCGCACGAAGCUGAGACAUAUUGACAUUCAUCAGCAUUGGCUUCACCAGGAAGUGCAGGCAGGAAGGAUACCCGUCGAAUGGGUCCCUACCGCCGAGAUAGACGCAGAUGGUCUUACCAAGCUGCUUCCCCGUCAAAAGCAUGCCAGAUUCGUCAGGCAACUAGGCAUGGAGGAUAUCGGGUAUCUAUUGGAAAGAUUAGACUGA